AUGUGGUACAAGCGAAAAGGGUUGUUGGCGGCGCUCCUCGCCCUCGUGGUGGUGGUGGACAUGGUCGUGAUGUACCGCCGCUUCGGCCACGCCAAAGACGACGACUUUUCGGUAUACGAGCCGCCGGUCGAAGGCCCCCUCCCCUCGCUGAACGCGUGGCACCCGGUCAACGACGGCGCCGACAAGCUCGCCCUUGCCCGUGGCGACUUAGCCGAUAGUGCCGCCAUCACCAAGUUGUUUGGCCUCUUUGAGCGGCCCAAUUUGAAGCAGGCCCGCCACACUUAUCUGACGAUCUACGACGAUAUCUUUGCCGACAACGGCGUUGACUCCGUUAUUGGCACCUUGCUGAUGGCGCAGCGGUGCGAUAUCUACUUCACCCGGCUUUUCCAGCGUAAUAUCAACUGGCUCGUCGACCCCCACGAGGACCUCAGCGGCGAGUGGCGCGACCAGCGCACGUUUGAGGACUUCGCCGGCCACAAGAAGAAUAAGGAGAAAUACGUUAACGACAAACACCUCGAGGUCAGCGCCGACGAUAUCUGGGCGAGUGACCCCGACUACCAGGAAUUCAUCAAGCCAGUAUUUGAAGAGGCCAUGGCCAAAGUCAACCGCCACGAACAGAGGUUCCAUGACGUCGCCCUGCAUGUGCGCAUCUUCAACAAGUGCUAUGUCACCAACGACGAUGAAUACCAGGUGAAACAGGAUAAACUGAUGGUGGACACGCAAAAGCGAGUGCUCCACGACGUGGCCAUUUUCAAGCCAGGCCAGACAACCGUAGAAAUCCCCGAUAAAGUGCUGCAAGUGGAGAAAAAAGUGUACCCGUGGCUCUCGUUUGAUUAUCCAGUAUUUGAAGACCACCGGGGAAUGCAAAAGUUUGUCCCCCCCGAUUACCGUAAGGUUCUCAAGGGUAAGGAGUACGACGUCGUAUUCCAACCGCUGCUGUCUCAAGGCCGCAAAAUCACCAAACCGGCGCCGCUGGCCCUCGGCAGUGAUGGCCACCCGCUGUGGCUUAACCAGUUUAAAAAUAGACUCCAGGGUAAGGGGAUCGUGAUGCUGAUUGCCGAUAAACACGUCAAUGAUGCCGUUAAGUUUAUUCGCCUCCUCAGAGCGUUGGAUAACGUCUACCCGCUCCAGAUUGUGUAUUAUGACGACCUUUCUCCAGAGCUGAAACAGCGGCUUGUCCAUGCCGCCAGAGAAAAGAUGAUUGUCCCGCCUAAACUGUUCCACGACGUUAACCCCGACUACUUCAAACCGGGUUACAUGGACCACACUAAUGAGCGAGGGGAGAUGGUGGGGUUACGCCCGCAAACCAUCCACUUCGUCAACGUCUUCCCCGCCAUCUCCAAAGAAUACCGCAACAAGUUUGGUGGUUUCGGCAACAAGUUCUUCGCCACCUUUUUCAACUCGUUUGAGGAGUUCAUCAUCGUCGACGCCGACACUGUACUUUUACACCCGCCGCAAUACUUCUUCAGCAUGGACAAGUACGUUGAGAAGGGGGCCUACUUCUGGAAGGAUCGCCUCAUGACGAUGCGCCGCCCCAAGCUGGAUGGCUUUUUCUUCGAUAAAGUGCUGCCGCUGGUGGUGGACCAGGUCAUGUUCGGCAUCCCCAUCAUCACCAACUUCACGUUGGAUAACGGCUACUUCAACAAGCUCCAGUACCUCCAGGAGCUGGGGGUGGUCACCGUCGACCGCAAGCGCCACUUCGGGCUGCUUCUCAUGUGCAUUAUGCUUCAAUUCUAUGGCCUUUCUCGCGACCGUCUGUAUGGCGAUAAAGAGUUAUUCUGGGCCGGGUUCUCCGUUAAUGGGGAUGAAGACUACGCCUGGAGUGACCACUUUGCCGGCCUGAUCGGUCCGUUAACCCCGAAACACUGGCUGCUUAAACACGGCAAGACUGAUGGCGACAACCCUGAGAACUGGCGUAAAGCGAGAGAAGUGUGUCUGCCUCACCCUGCCCACGUGCUGGGCCAGGAUAAUACCAUUGCCUGGUUCAAUCUGGGGUUCCAGACGUGUGGUAAAACCGAGCAGAUUGGUGACAAGGGCGUGAAGAAGGACUUCGAGCAGCACCGCCAGUUCCGGUGGUUGGAGACGUUGGACGAGUUCCGCGCCUUCUACGACCUGCCCUUAGAUAUCGAGGCGUGUAUCGUGCCCCCAGAAACGCUGUACGAUACUAUGGAGCGCAAGAACGACGAAGGAGAGCCAGGGGUGGGCUGGCACUGGGCCAAGGAGUACUGCAAGCAGUACACCUACUGUGCCUAUGAUCGCAUUGGCGGCAAGCGCCGCACUCAAGAUGGUGAGGAAGAAGACACCCACGCCGACGGGGUGUUGGUGACCCCCGGUGUCGAAACCCGCCACUACUACCGGUACUUGGGCGACGUGUGGAUCGCGUCGGAGUAG